UCUAGGUUAGUAGUAAUCGUACGCGACCUUCUUAGGUUUCUUUUCUAAUUUGUAAGACCCGCGGACAGAAAAUUUUGGCCACACUCAAAAUGGCGGAAAGCUUAAAGCCGGGAAUUCAGGAAACGCGAGCGGAAGCGGAAAUACGAUUGCUGGCUGCCUACAUGUGCUACUUCCGGUGUUGAAAACCCUGUGGCUUUCAGGGCUGUCUAGGUGCCCGGUGAGUGGUAUGGUCGCCCGCUGAGAAACCGAAGCAGCACCCAGUGUCCGGGAAGGUGUUCUCAGCUCUCCCGUCCUCCCGUGAGUGACGGUACCCGUCCCACCAUGGGCAAGAAAGGCAAAGUCGGCAAGAGCCGGCGGGACAAGUUCUACCACUUGGCCAAGGAGACUGGCUAUCGUUCGCGCUCCGCCUUCAAACUGAUCCAGCUCAAUCGCCGCUUUCAGUUCCUGCAGAAAGCCCGGGCCUUGCUGGAUCUGUGCGCUGCGCCCGGAGGAUGGCUGCAGGUGGCUGCCAAGUUUAUGCCUGUAUCCAGUCUUAUUGUGGGAGUGGACCUGGUUCCAAUCAAGCCUCUUCCCAAUGUUGUGACUCUCCAGGAAGAUAUCACAACAGAGCGCUGUAGGCAGGCCCUGAGGAAGGAGCUGAAGACAUGGAAAGUUGAUGUUGUACUCAAUGAUGGGGCUCCUAACGUUGGGGCUAGCUGGGUUCAUGAUGCUUACUCACAAGCUAACUUGACACUGAUGGCGCUGCGUUUGGCUUGUGAUUUUUUGGCCCGUGGCGGUUGUUUCAUCACGAAAGUCUUCCGUUCCCGUGACUAUCAGCCCCUGCUGUGGAUCUUUCAGCAGCUGUUCCACCGUGUCCAGGCCACGAAGCCCCAGGCCUCUCGCCAUGAAUCUGCAGAAAUUUUUGUAGUCUGCCAAGGGUUUCUGGCUCCUGACAAGGUUGACAGUAAAUUCUUCGAUCCAAAGUUUGCCUUUAAGGAGGUUGAAGUUCAGGCUAAAACUGUUACGGAGUUGGUGACAAAGAAGAAGCCAAAGGCUGAAGGCUAUGCUGAGGGUGACCUUACUCUUUAUCACCGGACCUCAGUCACUGACUUCUUGAGAGCUGCCAAUCCUGUUGACUUCCUCUCCAAGGCCAGCGAAAUUUCAAUAGAUGAUGAAGAGUUGGCACAGCAUCCAGCUACAACUGAGGAUAUAAGAGCAUGCUGUCAGGACAUCAAAGUUCUGGGGCGCAAGGAACUUAGGUCUCUACUGAAUUGGAGAACAAAACUUCGGCGGUUUGUGGCCAAGAAGCUGAAAGAACAAGCAAAAGCCCUGGACAUCAGCCUCAGCUCAGAAGAAGAAGGUGAUGAGGAUGAGUCAAUAGCUGAGACAAAGCAGGCUUCAGAGGAGGAAGAAGAGGAGCAGCUUAACCGCACCCUGGCAGAGAUGAAAGCCCAAGAGGUGGCAGAGCUUAAGAGGAAGAAAAAGAAAUUGCUUCGAGAGCAGAGGAAGCAGCGGGAGCGGGUAGAGCUGAAGAUGGAUCUGCCUGGGGUUUCCAUUGCAGAUGAGGGGGAGACAGGCAUGUUCUCCCUGCGUACCAUCCGGGGUCAUCAGUUGUUAGAGGAAGUAACACAAGGAGACAUGAAUGCUGCAGACACAUUUCUGUCUGAUCUGCCAACGGAUGACAUCUACGUGUCGGAUGCUGAGGAGGAGGAGGAGAGUGAUAAUUCUCUGGACAGUGACCUGGAUUCAGAAGAGCUGGCAGGAGUCAGGACACAUUCCAGUCUGAAGGACAGGAAGUGGUUGCGGUCUGCUCAAGUGGAUGACACUAAAGAGGAGGAGGGAGAGAACCCAUUGCUGGUACCACUGGAAGAAAAGGCAGUGCUGCAGGAAGAGCAAGCCAACCUGUGGUUCUCCAAGGAUGGCUUCAGUGGAAUUGAGGAUGAUGCUGACGAGGCCCUGGAGAUCAGUCAGGCUCAGCUGCUGCACAAGACUCGUCGGAAGGAGCCAUCCCUACAACCUUCUAGUCUGAAGACUGAAAAAAAACCUCCCCCAUGCCAGAAUGAGGUCCCUAAGGAGACAGAGGCUGUCUUGGGGACAGAAGGUGUCAGUGACCCUGGCGGGGAGGACAAAGUCAACAGCUCAGACAGUGACAGCAGCAGUGAGGAUGAAGAAAGCUGGAAAGCAUCCCGUGGUAUCAAGCGCAGCCGGGGGUCUAAGGCGGACGAUGAUGGGUUUGAGGUAGUGCCUAUUGAGGACCCAGCGAAACAUCGAAUUCUGGAUCCUGAAGGCCUUGCUCUAGGUGCUGUUAUUGCCUCUUCCAAAAAGGCAAAGAGAGACCUUAUAGAUAACUCAUUCAAUCGGUAUGCAUUUAAUGAAGAUGAGGGGGAGCUUCCAGAGUGGUUUGUGCAGGAGGAGAAGCAGCACCGGAUACGCCAGCUGCCCAUUGACAAGAAGGAAGUGGAACAUUACCGAAAACGCUGGCGGGAAAUAAAUGCACGGCCCAUCAAGAAAGUAGCUGAGGCCAAGGCGAGAAAGAAACGGAGGAUGCUGAAGAAGCUGGAGCAGACCAAAAAGAAGGCAGAAGCUGUGGUGAACACCGUGGAUAUCUCAGAACGAGAAAAGGUGGCACAACUGCGAAGUCUCUACAAGAAGGCUGGACUUGGCAAGGAGAAACGUCAGGUCACCUACGUUGUAGCCAAAAAAGGUGUAGGCCGUAAGGUCCGGCGGCCAGCUGGAGUCAGAGGUCAAUUCAGGGUAGUGGACUCCAGGAUGAAGAAGGACCAGAGAGCUCAACAACGGAAGGAACAGAAGAAAAAACACAAGCGGAAGUGAGCAGAGACAUCUGGAAGAGACUAAAGAUUAGGAAGAUGCAUAGUUCCCUCUGGUGGUUUUGGAACCUGUUGUUGCCCAGAGAUUAGGGGGAGCUAUGUGUACCCACAGUUCUACAAUAGAUGCCUCUUUGAAGGAUGGUCAUCCAUGAAGCAUCAAGGAAUUGUUUAUGAUUCUGACAACUGAUACCACUCCCUGAUCUUUCACGAUGGACUUAGGAUGGAAAUAAAUCUUUUUUAAGGGAA